GCAAAAUCUCAGCUCGUUCUAUGGAUUGGUUCAAGAACUCGUCAAAGCAGAGUUCAUCACUACAGAACCGCGGGGGAUCUUCCACUGCUAAUUCCAUUCCACCUACUUCCAAGGGCAAGCAGAUUAUACAAGGACAUGGAGAAGUGUUUACACACUUUAUAUCACUUCCAUUAGCUAUAUACCCUGAGCUGAAAGAAAACGUUGAGGCUUUUCGGAAUUCUAUAUUGGGUAACAAUAAUGAUAAGAAGCCUUUGAAGUUUCAGAGCACUUUAGAUGAAAUGGGAAUCGAAAACUCGAUGUUUAUUUCUCCAAAUAGUUUACACUUGACUGUGGUUAUGUUAAAGUUAGAGAGCAAGGAAGCUGUGGAUGCAGCUCAGGAUAUCCUUAAGAGCGUUUCUUCAAGUGUGAGACAUGCUUUAAAUAACCGACCUGUCUUCAUACGACUUAAAGGAUUGGAUUGUAUGAAUGGAUCUUUAGAGAAAACCCGUGUGCUCUAUGCACCAGUUGAAGAAGUUGGGGGUGAAGGCCGGCUGCUAAGGGCUUGCAAUAUAAUCAUCGACGCAUUUGUGAAUGUUGGAUUUGCUGGGAAAGAUGCAAAGUCACGCUUGAAGCUACAUGUUACGAUGAUGAAUGCAACCUACAGAAGGGAUAAAAGCAAAGGGAUGACUUUUGAUGCGAGAGAGAUACACAAAGUGUUUGGGAAAAAAGAUUGGGGUGAAUAUCUAAUCAGAGAAGCUCAGAUCUCAAAAAGGUUUUGGUAUGACUCCAACGGCUACUUCCAUUGCUGUGGUUCACUACAUUUUCCACAUAAGUGACACUGAAAAGGAUCAAUAUCCACUCCACAGAUGCUUAGUCAAGACUAUGAUCAGUGUUAAUGUUAAUUAUGUAAUACAUUUGUGUGUAUGUAACCAAUCAUAGCAAUUGGUAACUGAGGCUUGUGACAUAUAUUGUGUUGGAAUUCACACAUCAUAUGUAAUAUGGUAUGCUAUAUUGAAUAAACAAAAUAACUUUAAGAUCU